AUGGAAGCAACGCGAGUCAAACGUCAGGAACUUAUUCGCAGCGAUUCUAAAGUAGGGGAAACAAACUGGCGUCUGGAUAAAGUUGCAGAGAAACCGAUAGGUUUUUGUGGCUUUACACUUCACUGAAGUCGACUGACUUCACUGAAGUCGACUGGCCUCCCAGUCCCCAGAGCUGAGUGCGAGACUGAGCGAUCCCUCCGCAGCGGGCGCAGGUGGAACUAUACUGUCAUUCUCAUCGACUUCAGCUGGAGCCCAGCCGUCUGCACACAUGGAAAUACAGUAACGCUCCGCUCUGACUCCUGCAAUGGAGCUGCACUGACACGAGCCAAGCGCCGACCCCAGGCUGCUCUGCCAAGCAACGUGUCCAACCAAGAAUGGAAGUUUCACUGGAGAGUCGCUAACCUUCGCUGAAUUCUGGUGGCUCUUGCUGGGGUUUUUUCAGGAGGGAGGAUGAACAGGCGUUGCUAUGGAGGAAUGUGAGGUGGAGUUUUCUCAUAAUGAUGUUAAGGCUAUACCAUUGUGGAGGAGGAUGAAUCCUCACCAAGUAGAAGGGCUGUACAAUAGCCUAAACCCUAGACCUAGACCACAGUCUUAUCAGAGUCCAAAUGGCUUGUUGGUCACAGAUUUCCCUGUGGAGGACAAACAUACUUUUACAUUGACCCAACCAGCAGAAAGGGUUACAACUUCCCCAGACAACAGAAUUUCUCAUAAAGGGGGGACAAGUUUGUAUAGACCCAAUGGAAGAAUACUACCAUCAUCAUCCUCUAUGUCUCUGGAAUACAAUUCAGUUGCAUCAAACCAGAGGCACUUGCCUCAAGUUGUAAAGGUGGUUUCGAGUAAUUCUAUCAGUUUUACUGCCAAUGGAGUCCUGUCCUCACCAAGUCAAAGGACAAUGCUUUACAAUAGGACAUCCAAUACUAUCACCCUGACACCUGACAAAGAACAGAUUGUGUUUGGAUCCAGCUCGCCUAAUGGGAUGGUGAAUUGUAAUAACAACAAUAACCCUAUGAAGGCUUACGAUGACCGUCGGGAAACAAAUACCUUGUGCUCAGAUCCUCUUCAGGGUUCGCCGAAAACUGAUGCAAAUGCCAAACAGGUUCUCCAAAGAACCCCAUCAAACUCAAGCACUUUGGCUGAAACACAGUCUGUUGUUUUGAGCACCAACAGUCCUGCUGCCUUCAAAUCGGGGGUACAACAAAUUAUACCCAAGGGAUUGGCUUCUGAAAUCAAACUGACAAACAAAAACAAUUGUCAAAACAGUCAAAAUAUGGGGGCCAGCAAAAGAAUACUCAAGACCCGCAGCCUGGUUGAAGCCAGCUCUCUUCCUCUGGUCGUGGCUCAAGAAGAUGGAGACAAAGAUUCUGACAGGGACAGUCCAGGAACCCUAAGGAGAGGCCUCCGAUCUACCUCUUACCGUAGGGCAGUAGUCAGUGGCCUUGACUUCAGUAAUACCACAGAAAGGAAAAAAAAUAACAGGAUGUCCCAACCAAUCCUGAGAACUGUUUCAGAGGACAAGGAAAAGUUUUCAAACUUGGGAAGACUAAAGCGGAAAAUCCUGAGAGGCCACGGGACAUUUGGUAGUGAGGAGAAUGCUGUGUUAUACCAAAAUUAUAAGGAAAAGGCUCUAGACAUUGACUCGGAUGAGGAUGCGGAUUCCAAGGAACAGAAAGAGGACAGGAUAAUUGUUGAAUACAAACCUUUAAGAUCUACCUGGAGCCAGCUUUCAGUGGUGAGAAAGAAUGGACUGUCUCAAAGUCUCAGCCAGGAAGAAAGAAAAAGACAAGAGGCAAUGUUUGAAGUUAUAUCUUCUGAGCAUUCCUAUCUUCUCAGCCUGGAAAUUUUAAUCCGGAUGUUUAAGAAUUCAAAGCAGCUCAGUGCCACCAUGACAAAAACAGAAAGCCACCAUCUCUUUUCCAACAUUACUGAUGUGUAUGAGGCAAGCAAAAAGUUUUUCAGAGAGUUGGAAGGAAGGCAUCAAAGAAACAUUCUCAUAGAAGACAUAAGUGAUAUAGUUGAAAAACAUGCCAAGUCAACAUUUGAUCCCUAUGUAAAGUAUUGCACUAAUGAAGUCUACCAGCAAAGGACGCUGCAAAGAUUAAUAUUUACCAAUGCACCUUUUAAAGAAGUGCUGUCUAAAAUUGAAUCGCAUGAAGACUGCAGGAAUCUUCCCAUGAUCUCGUUCCUUAUCCUUCCUAUGCAGAGAGUUACUCGCCUUCCUCUCCUCAUGGAUACAAUAUGUCAGAAAACCCCAAAAGAUUCUGCAAAGUAUGAGGCAAGUAAGCAUGCCCUAAAAGAAGUUGGUAAGCUGGUCCGUCUGUGUAAUGAAGGCGCAAGGAAAAUGGAGAGGAUGGAAAUGAUGGUUACAAUCAAUUCUCAGCUGGAAUUUAAGAUUAAGCCAUUUCCAUUGGUUUCAUCCUCCAGAUGGUUACUGAAGAGAGGAGAACUUACAGGCUAUGUAGAGGACACUGGUAUCUUUUCCAAAAGAACAACAAAGCAACAGCUCUACUUCUUCCUCUUCAAUGACGUGCUCAUCAUAACCAAAAAAAAGAGCGAGGAGAGCUACAAUGUGACAGACUAUUGCUUACGGGAAAAGCUCCUAGUAGAGCCGUAUGAUAAUGAAGAGCCUCCAUCUCCUGUAAAAAACAGCACUCCCAUAUUGUACUCCAGGCAAAGCUCGGCCAACCAUCUCUUCACUCUGACCAUGCUUACCAACUAUGCCGGGGAGGAGGUGGAGAUACUUCUUGGAGCUGAAACUCUGAGUGACCGAGCACGUUGGAUCACUGCACUGGUGCACAGCAAAGACAGAGCAAACACAGACAGAACAACCCUAACUCAGGUGGAAAUUACCCGGACAUACACAGCCAAGCAACCAGAUGAACUUUCCCUACAAGUCGCUGAUGUGGUUCUGGUUUAUCAGAAGGUUAAUGAUGGAUGGUAUGAAGGUGAAAGGCUUCGAGACGGAGAAAAAGGAUGGUUCCUUGUUGAAUGUGCCAAAGAAAUUACAUGCCGUGCCACCAUAGAGAAGAACAUGGAGCGAAUGGGACGCUUACUGGCACUGGAAACAAAUGUGUAGUCUUCACACUCCCUUUAUUCCGUGCAGGAUUUGCACUACAGUAGCAGCACUGUGUAUGGGAAUGUCAAAAAGGGAUCUGAGACUUUCUCACCAUCUGGGAUAUCUUCAUAAGGACCGUGGCCAGCUGGAGCCUUUCCUUUGUAAGAACAAGGAUUUGUCGUACGCUCCCUCACCCUGUUGGAUUUGUUUGGGGCCCCUUUUAUGUCUGAAGUCGACAAGGGACAGACCAAUAAACACGGCACAACAGGAAAUUGUAGAAUGGAAAAUGAAGACAUUGCAGCCUGCAAAUUAGUCUCAGCUUGCUGGGUUUGGGGAGCUGAAAGAAUGAUACAUCACAAAGGAUUGUUCUUCCAGCAACACUGAGACGGCUGGGGAAAGGCAUGAGGAAUUGGGGGUUAAAAGUGGAUUAUUAAUGUGGAGUGUGAAGUCCAAACUGCCCAUGUGCUGUAAAGGUCUUGGGAGGGUUCGUGAAAUAAGAUCCAGAAUGAGGAUUCUCUCUUAUCGCACAGCGAAAGCUAUGAGGUUUCCACAACAUGUGGGAUUUCAUAGUAAAGGUUGGGAAUGAAGAGUGAAUGCUAACACCAAUGCUUUUAUAGGCAAAAUAUGUACAUAAAAAAUGUGGCAUUGACGAGACAGUCUGACAUUAAAGGGGAUACGGUCAUGGGGAAAACAUUUUUUCCCCUCAAAACGCACCAGUUAAUAGUGCUGCUCCAGCAGACUUCUGCACUGAAAUCCAAUUCUC